ACCCAACAGAGAAAAAGAGUUUGACAACAAUUAAAAUUCAUUCCACUUGUUAAAGAAAAAUCAGUCACACAAAUUCAAUUAAAAAAGUAACAAAAUAAACGAAAUAAAUAAAGCGAAUCAUAAUACUAAAUAAUAAAAUAAACAAAUCUCUAACAGAUAAAACAUUUAACAAAUAAAAACAUGUCUUACGGUGGCGGUUACAAUCCCUACGAACAAGGUGGCUAUGGGCAAGGUUAUUCCGCUCCACCCGGUGCUUAUCCACCACAAAAUGCACAAAUUGCUCCAGAAGUUCAACAAUGGUUUAAUAUGGUAGAUCAAGAUCGUUCUGGAAAAAUUAAUGCCAAUGAAUUAAAGGCAGCAUUGACUAAUGGUCGUGGACAGAAUUUUUCCGAUACGGCUUGCAAAUUGAUGAUUAGUAUGUUUGAUAAUGAUGCUAGCGGAACGAUUGAUAUUUAUGAAUUCGAAAAAUUAUUCCAAUACAUCAAUCAAUGGCUUCAGGUCUUUAAGAACUAUGAUCGUGAUGGUUCCGGACAUAUAGAUGAAAACGAAUUGACACAAGCCCUUACUCAAAUGGGUUUCCGUUUUUCACCUGAAUUCAUACAGUUUUUAGUGAAAAAGAAUGAUCCACAAAAUCAAAAAGAAAUUUCUGUUGAUCAAUUUAUUGUUUUAUGUGUACAAAUACAACGUUUUACUGAAGCCUUCAGACAACGAGAUACCCAACAGAAUGGUGUCAUUACAAUUGGUUUUGAAGAUUUUCUAACUGUUGCUUUGGGUUGUUCCGUGUGAAAGUAAUUUAUUUAUUUAUGAAACAUUUUUAUUUUGUUAAUCCAUAUUUAUAUAAAAUCGCAGUUAUUUAGUUUUGAAACUAAAAUAUUCAUUUGCUUAGCUUAAUGGUAAACUGUUAAAUUGCAUAAAACUCGUAACUACAUGAAACUCACUUGAAUAGCACUUGAUGUAAAUCUCUUAAAUUAUGAACAAUAUAUGUAUAGAAUAAUACAAAGGAUAUGUUUCUGAAAUAUUUUUAUAACUUCUACAAUUCACGCUAUUUUUUUAAUAAAAUUUUACAAUUGUUUCUAGUACAAACACAUUAAUAAAAUGCUGUAUAUUAUUAAAUUUUAAA